CGAUUGUCAUGGAGACGACGGGGGCGUCGACACGUCAUCUCCAUAACGACCGAGGGCGGGUGUUUGGGUAUUAUGGGUAGCGGCGCGUUCCCGCCAACUGCGGCUUGGUAUCCACAAUGCCCCGCGCUUAGGGGGAAGGAGGGGGGAAAGGGCUGUCGCUUUUGAGUCUGGGCCGUGUGCCGCCAUUUUAGUCGUUGUGUUUAAAUAUCGAGGGAAGAAAAAAUACACAAUCUUUCGCUCCUCAGACUCUCAAAAGAAAAACUUAAAGGCGCAUCUCGCAGUUUUUUUUUAAAAAAACCGUCCUAUUCCUCCUAUCUGUAAGCCCCUCCCCACACCACCAAGCAAGGAAAAACGAGAUGAAGCUGACGGAUAAUGUGCUGCGCAGCUUCCGAGUGGCUAAGGUGUUCCGAGAGAACACGGACAAGAUCAACUGCUUCGAUUUCUCACCCAACGGAGAGACGCUCAUCUCCAGCAGCGACGACGACUCCAUCGUCCUUUACGACUGCCAGGAGGGCAAACCAAAGAGGACACUGUACAGUAAGAAGUAUGGGGUAGACCUGAUCAGAUACACACAUGCAGCAAAUACAGUGGUUUACAGCUCUAACAAAAUCGAUGAUACCAUCCGGUACUUGUCACUUCAUGACAACAAAUACAUUAGAUAUUUCCAUGGUCACAGCAAGAGGUAA